AUGGACGAGCUGCAAGCGCUCACGGAGCAGCGGGACCAAGCCAUGCAGAGGGCCCAGAAGCUGGAUCUGGAGAUUGCCGCAGAGCAAGAGGCCCUGGACGACCUUGAGCGGGAGUGCCACAGCUUCGAUGUGCGGCUCAGGAACGCCAAAGCGGAGGAGGAACGGAUGCGGAGGGAGGCGGCUGACCUCGCUGCAGAGAAUGGCAGGAGUGAGAGAAAGGGCGCACCCGCCGUCGAUCCGCAGGAGUUGCGGGCUCUGCGAGAAGAGCUUGCGCAAGAGCGGCAGCGCGCCGAGCGGGAGGAUGAGGCACAGGAGCGAGCAACCCGGGCUCGAGUCGAGGAGCAGUGCAUGCUGCUACGAGCGCUGCACGACAUGGCGAUGCUCUCAGAUCGGCCUCGGGAGUGGAGCUGGUGUUCGCAGCCGAAGAAGCCGGUGGGAGGCGCAUAUGGUUGCUUUCUCGCCGACAAGCGCCCGCAGUUCACCAAGGCCUGUGAAGGCAAGAAGGCCUCAGAAAUUUCCAAGAUGGCUGGCGCGGAAUGGAAAAAGAUGACCGAAGCGGACAAGGCUCCAUAUCAGAAGAAGUUCGAGGCAGUCAAAAAGAAGUAUGAGGAGGACAUGAAGAAGUUCAAAGCAGCGGGCGGUGAAGUGCAAAAAGGUGUCCGUGCCCUCAGGACUCAAAAGCGAAAAGAAAAGGAGGGCGUCUCCAAGACGAAGCGGGGAGACAAGGACCCAGACCGGCCCAAGAAGCCAGCAGGGGGCGCUUACGGUGUGUUCCUCGCCGAAAACAGGCAGACCUUUAUGGAUUCAUUGCCGAAGGGCUCCAGAGCGCCGGAAGUCUCCAAACUGGCGGGCAAGAAGUGGGCGGCGCUGACCGAGGCGCAGAAGAAGCCCUACCAGGACAAGUAUGAGAAGAAGAAGGCAGCGUACGAGGCAGCCAUGAAGGAGUACAAGGCGAAGGCAGCUGAGAAAGUGGAGGAGGAGGAGGAAGACGAAGAUGAAGAUGAAGAUGAAGAUGAAGAUGAAGAUGAAGACGAGGAAGAACCGAAGCCAGGGGAGAAGAAGCCUAAGGCUGCUGCCAAACCGGUUGCAAAAAAGAGCGCAAAGAAGGCGUGA